GGCCGCCCGGUGCGUGGGCGACAGGGGCCGCGCACGGAGUCGCCGCCUGUGCCGGUGUCCCCCUCUUGGUAGAGACUGGCGUGGGGAUGCCGGGCCGCCCGGCCCCAUCCUCACGCGCGGCGUGGGGAGGAGGCCGGCGAGGCCCCGCGCGAGCCGACGGGGUCAGGGCAGAAGAAACAAAGUUCCCGGGGCUCUCCGAGGCCGCUGUUGGGGGGGCCUAUCUGGCAGUCCUCCACCCCGCCUCGCGAAGGCAAUGGCUUCCAAACUCCUGCGCGCGGUCAUCCUUGGGCCCCCCGGCUCGGGUAAGGGCACCGUGUGCCAGAGGAUCGCCCAGAACUUCGGCCUCCAGCAUCUCUCCAGCGGCCACUUCCUGCGGGAGAACAUCAAGGCCAACACGGAUAUAUAUGAAGUGAAAGUCCACAGCAAGGCAAGGGGAUAUGGAGCUGAGGGGACAGAAGAAGUUGGUGAUAUGGCAAAGCAGUACAUAGAGAAAGGCCUUUUGGUUCCAGAUCAUGUGAUCACACGCCUGAUGAUGUCGGAGCUGGAGAGCAGGCGUGGCCAGCACUGGCUACUGGAUGGUUUUCCUAGGACAUUAAUUCAGGCUGAAGCCCUGGACAAAAUGUGUGACCUGGAUCUAGUGAUCACUUUGAACAUUCCAUUUGAAACACUCAAAGAUCGUCUCAGCCGACGUUGGAUUCACCCCCUGAGUGGAAGGGUGUACAACCUGGACUUCAAUCCACCUCAUGUACCAGGGAUUGAUGACAUCACUGGUGAACCAUUAGUCCAGCAGGAAGAUGAUAAACCUGAAGCAGUUGCUGCCAGGCUAAGACAGUACAAGGAUGUGGCAAAGCCAGUCAUUGAAUUAUACAAGAGCCGAGGAGUGCUCCACCAAUUUUCUGGGACAGAGACUAACAAAAUCUGGCCUUAUGUUUACUCGCUUUUCUCGAACAAGAUCACACCUAUUCAGUCCAAAGAAGCAUACUGAGACGGCCCAAUGGAAGAAUCAGGAAGAUACCGUCCUUUAUUCAGCUGACUGCAUCUGAAUUACAAGGAACUAGGCGAUGGUGACAGCAGUUGGUCCACCUGAUACUGGAGGUCAUCUGUUAACACAGGAAUCUGACAAUAUAUCCAUCUUCUUGUCUGCUUCUUGGUCAUCCAGUUCAUACCGGUUUUUCUGUCCUUUCAGCCCCAGAAGUUCUCUCUUCUACUUCUCCACCCUGUUCAUGGACACAGAAACCCUUCUUCAGGCCUAGGACUCAUUUUGCUGCGCCUGUUCCCCACAAGGGCACUGGAAUGUCUGAGAAACUGUCUAUCUCAGGAUGCUGCCUCAAAGACAGACUGCUGAGCCCCUCCCUUUAGAAUCCUCCAAAAUGUAUAUUUUCACCAUUUUCUUUCAGUCUCCCUGCUCUCCACCUUCCAGGGGAAUGUCAAAGGGUAGGAAAGUCACAAGUAGUCAGUCUCUGUCCUCAAAUCCUCCACCUUUCUUAUUUAUUGUGUUUUUCCAAAGGCUUUGUGUGUCAAUAUAUAUAAUAGGAUUCAUCCUCAUUCCAAGGGUUUUAGAACCAAAGCCAGUGGAAACCCUCACAGCCCCUAUACUUCUUUUUUCUCUUCCUUCUCCCGCUGUGUCAACAAGCACAGAAGAGCCAAGCUGUUUGACUUGGAGAGUUGCAACAAGGGAGGAAUUUGGUUAAUAUUUCUAAAUAUUUUCUUGUUAUUUUUUAAAUUCAUAUUUAUUCAUAUGUGGACAUAUAGGAGAAAGGCCUAGAAAAGUAUAUAUCAAAUAGUUAAUAGUGUCUGCUUCUGGGGAAGGCUAUGAAAAGUGGAGAGAUGCAAUCCUGCCAUGUGCCUGGAAGAGCUUGACAUUUAUGAACGCAUAAAUGACUCCACAAACUCCAGACUAGAGGUUCAGAAAAAGUGGCAUGUACAGGAUUCUCCUCCUCCUCUUCCUUGCUUGUUGACUGUUUACAGAGAGUGCAUGACAUUUCUCUUUCAUGUCCUCCAAACUGGGGACUAAGAAGUAGUAGAUUCAUCAAACAAGUUUCUGAUCUGUAUUUCAUUUCCAGUUAUACAUUUAGUGAACCCCAAAGUCCUAUUUUCUCUCUGUUGUUUCAAACUUCUGUGUUGAAUUUUUGUCACCAAAUCUGCUAAAGAGUAGUAAAGUAAACUGAUACAAUUCUCUUUGACCUGAUUGAUCCUCUUUUGGUUCAAGUUUAAACAGGGAAAUGUAAAAUGAAGGAAGUGGGAAAGUAAAGGGUCAGGAUCUAGUAGACCACAUAGUCCCAGAACAAGACUCCCACAAACAUCGGUGGAAAGGGAAGCAGAUCCACGUAUAUUGAGCAAGGUCAUACCUGUUUGAUCAUAUAAAAACCUCUAUUCUUGGCCUUGGGUGCUUCAGUGACUUAGAUGGAAGUAAAAUUACAUUGAUUAGAUUUACAGCUUGGACAGAUCACUUUCUGGAUUCAAGAAUCAAGAUUUCAAAAGACCUUGAGUCUAGAUCAAAACAACAAAAUGCAAUUUAAUGGAAAUGAAUGCCAAAUCCUACAUUUAGGUUUAAAAAAUUUGGUUGCACAAGUAUAGCAUGGGAGGAACUUGGCUUCAUCACAAUUGUUAUGAAAAAAAUUAAGAUUUUAGGUGACUCUACACUAGCCCAACCUGAUGUUAAAAAGCCCUCAACAUCCCCAAAAAACAACUGAUACUACUUUAGCUCCAAUAGUAGAAAUGAAGUAUUCUGUAUAGAUUAAUGAAGGUCAUCAUAUCAUUGUACUCAGCAUUAGAAAUAUUUCCAGAUAUAAUGUUAGUGAAAAAUAUGAAAAUAUGUAACUAUGAUACUAUAUAUGUAAAAAAUGUGCAUGUGUGUGUGUGUGUGUAUGUAUGUGUAUA